AUGACUAUUUACGAAUGUGAUCCAGAGGCUCAAUUCAACGAUGGAAAUCUGCCUGAUGAUGUGUGUGAUCAUAUUCGUGAUCAAAUCACGCUGUGCUCAUCAACUAUUAUCGGUGUGUGGUCUGUUGGUGGUGACGAUAUCAUGGAGUAUCCCGAAGAAGCUGGAUAUCCUGUCGGUGGUGAUUUUAGUGUCAAUUAUUAUAUGAUAGAGAUCCAUUAUGACAAUCCACAUAUGGUCUUAAAUCAUCCCGACACGACAGGUAUUCGAUUUUAUCUUGGUAAUGAUCUUCGUGAACAUGACAUUGGCUACCUAACGUUCGGUACCGAUGCGAAUGCACAAGCUUUGGCUAUCCCAUCAGGAGUAGAUCAAUUUGUCAUCGAUUCCUACUGUCCAGCCAGCGCGACUAGUAGCCUCCCAAAAUCUGGUAUUACAGUGUUUUGUGCCUUACCUCAUACACACCUUCAAGGUAAGUAA